UCGCGGCGCUGCGACGCAGUCGUGAAGAAGCAGGAUCCUAUAUCGAUAACGCAAACUAUGCGUGCCGUGACGGCGGCCCCUCUGUUUACUGCCGAGCCGUGGUUUGAUUCCUGAUUUCUGUCAACGGUGAUUCACCAAUAUCUGUUUCAUAUGUGGGUUUAAUCAUCAUUCAUACACUCAGCAUCGCUAUGUCUACCUUUAAGAUGGGACCGGAAUGGAGAGAGCCGAUUGAAAAUCUGGGACACCAUAACACCAUGGAGAUAAACAACCAUUUCAACCAUCUGCAGCGGAAAGACAUGAGUCCCUCUACAUUCGGGUCUAGUCCAACUCUAGCCAAUGACCAUACUGAAGUCACUCCGGCUAUACAUGAACAGCAUCUACAGUUCCAGCAUCAGCUGCUACAGCUGAAGCAACAGCAACAAAUACAGCAGCAGCUUCUCUUACAACAUUUCCAGCAACAACAGCAGCAAUUAGCUGAACAGCAUGAGAAGCAGCUGCAGGAACGAAUCAAGGCUUGCAGAAAUUUGUCUCUUAGAACUUGGACAGCUUUGCCUUCACACUAUCCCGAUCUUGAAUAUCUAGAACACCAAAGAAAAAUGGAAGAAGAGCAGAAGGAAAGGAGGGAUAUGGAAAGAUUAGAGCAACUGAAAAAGAAGGAGAAACAUGAGCAAAGUGCCAUAGCAUCAUCAGAAGUAAAACAAAGAUUGCAAGAAUUCGUCUUAAGCAAGAAACAACGCGAGGCUGCAGUUAAUAGCACAAAUAAAUCUCCAUCCAACUACCGGAACUGGCAAGCUCUUUUGGGAAAAUAUGAUGAUGAUUUUCCUCUCAGAAAAACAGCAUCUGAACCUAACCUCAAAGUCCGUUCGGUCUUGAAACAGAAGGUCAUUGACCGCAGGAGUAGUCCUUUAUUGAGGAGGAAGGACAAAGGACCAGGACCUAUAAAGCGACGUACAGCUCUAUCAAUUAUUGAUUGUGAUUUUACACCUCCUUCAAGUCCAGGCUAUGUGCAACCUACAAAAAUACUAGAUGGAACAUCGGGUCUCUCUUCUGGUAUGAUCAGGAUCUUUCCUGCUACAAUUACCGAUGCUCAAGUGGCUCAAGCAAGGCUACAUAGAACGAUACAGAGACCACUUGGUCGUACUCAAUCUGCACCUUUACCUCUCGGUCACCCCAUGUUACAACCUCAAGCCAUCUUAUUGACAUCUCAUCAGAAUGAACAGUAUGCGAGAGAGAAGAGGUUAUGUGAGCAGCAGCAGCAUAAUCUGCUGAAACAGCACAUUCGACAAACUGUUUUAACCAGAGCUAGCAGCAAAAACCAAGUUGAAAAUGUAGAAGAAGAAACAGAGGCAGCCGUGGCUCAAGAAAUGAAAGAAGCUGGUCAACCAGAAGUUAUCGAUUUAACGGAUGGAAGAACCAAAGAACUUGAACCACAGCAGCAGAGGGAUAGAGAAAUAUAUUUUCAACAACACAUGUCAAAGCAUACUCUGCCAAUUAGUGAUGGUACAUACAUGACCAGACAUCAUAUGGGUCGGCCUCUGUCUAGAACAUUAUCCAGUCCUCUUGUUGCGCUAAGUCCCAUUGGCAGUCCUCAAGAAACUCAAGUUCCUAGUCCUCACACAUUCACUACAGGUGUUGUAUAUGACAGCUUGAUGCUAAAGCACCAGUGUGUUUGUGGGAAUAAUGGUCACCAUCCUGAACAUGGAGGAAGGUUGCAAAGUAUUUGGGCUAGACUACAAGAGACCGGAUUAAUUGGGAGAUGUGAGCGAGUGAGAUCACGAAAAGCCACCUUGGAAGAAAUACAGUCUUGCCACAGUGAAUCCUAUACUUUGCUGUUUGGCGCAAAUCCUUUAAAUAGGCCAAAACUUGAUGCCAGUAAACUUGCUGAUCUACCAAUGAAAAAUUUUGUUAUGUUGCAAUGUGGAGGUAUAGGCGUUGAUUCUGACACAACAUGGAAUGAUCUACAUACUGCAAGUGCAGCCAGAAUGGCUGCUGGUUGUGUCAUUGAACUUGCAUUGAAAGUUGCCACUGGAGAAAUUAAAAAUGGAUUUGCUGUUGUUAGACCACCUGGCCACCAUGCUGAGCACCAACAAGCAAUGGGCUUUUGUUUCUUCAACUCGGUCGCCAUUGCUGCUAAACAACUCAGAGAAAAACAUAAACUGGAAAAAAUACUCAUUCUGGAUUGGGAUGUUCAUCAUGGAAAUGGUCUCCAACAGAUUUUUUAUGAUGACCCUCAUGUGUUAUAUAUAUCCCUUCAUCGACAUGACGAUGGUAAUUUUUUCCCCGGAACAGGAGCAACUGAAGAGGUUGGUACUGAUGAUGGAAUUGGCUUCAAUGUAAAUAUUGCAUGGUCAGGCAGUUUAAAUCCACCACUCGGUGAUGCUGAAUACAUGGCAGCAUUUAGAUCUCUAGUAAUACCCAUUAUACGUGACUUCGAUCCGGAGAUAAUCCUCGUUGCCUCAGGAUUUGAUGCUGCAUGUGGACAUCCAGCUCCUCUCGGUGGAUACAGGGUUUCUCCAGCGUGCUUUGGAUUCCUUACUCAACAGUUAAUGCAUUUUGCCAAAGGAAAAGUAGUCUUAGCUCUGGAAGGAGGAUAUGACCUUCCGGCAAUUUGCGAUUCCUCCCAAGAAUGUGUGAAAGCCCUUCUUGGAGAUGAGUGUGUUGCCAUCAAGGAGGAAGAAAUGCAAAGAAAACCAUGCCAAAUAGCUCUUGAUGUUCUGCAGAAAACUAUUGCUGUCCAAGCUACUCAUUGGCCUUGCAUAAAGCGGUGGGCUCAUACAAUUGGUUAUUCAGCACUAGAAGCUAUACAGAAAGAAAAGGAAGAAGUGGAUACAGUCACAGCUCUCGCAUCUCUAUCCAUGGCAGUACCUCAUGGACACCUGCAGAGUCCUGAAACCCAAGAAGCUGUUGAAGAUGAAGAACCGAUGGAAGAGGAUCAAGAAAAGUGAAAACGAGAACAUACUUCACGGUUUUGAAGUGGAAAUGCCAUUCUGGACAAAUUGGCCAGUUGUUUCGCACAAAAUACUAUAUGUUUCUUUCUUGUCAUUGUGACACUAGCGUCAGAAUACUCUUCUGCCAUUGUCCAUGGGGGAACAGAGCAUGCUAUGGCCACAACAGUUGAGAUUCGAGCGGAGUUAAGACGACUGGAGUUCUGGCAGAGUCCUGUCUUCGACUCGCCCCUUUCCGAAAUGAGAAGUGUCGUUUGGAAAAAAACUCAUAUCAUUCAUUUCAUUAGGAAGGGUGUUCAAUUAUUCUCUCAUUUGCAUAGUAUUCUGUUUUUAAAAACGCUUUC